AUGGGUCAGAGCCAGGGGGCUGGUGAAGGCCCAGGACAGCAGGCAGCUCCCCUCUUCCCAACAGGGAUAGUCUCAGGACUACUCAGUCUCCAGGAUGCACUGUUCCUGCUGUUCCUGGGCCUGGGCCUGUUCUUGGGAGGCUCUGGUAUACCCUUAGCCCUGCUGGGCCUAGCUUUCUGCCUCCAUCCUUGGGACUAA